CCCAGAAAGCUGCUUACAAUAUUGUAAACAAACGUGCAUUGCACAGGAUACGAAUGCCUCAAGGCAAGAAGAAUGUGGCUACCUGGUUAACUGAGUGGUGAUUUUGAGUUGGGCGUACUGCUACCUCCUCAAAAUACUAUCGACAUGCCAUGACCAAUUUUGCCGCAUCAGGAAAGAAGAGCGAUCCGACUGUAAAAAUCCGCUUCGAGUGGAUCGGUCGGUGGAGCCCUUCUUGAAGUGGAUGGCCGAGUCUCAGGUACUAGUCGAGUCGUUUAUCAUAAAAGUCAGGGUCACAGCCUUGUCCCUGAGACUGAUUGAAGAGUCUCUCUUCUUUAUCAUCGCACAUUCCUCUCUGCACCUUUUUUCCUGCUACACACUAAUGCCAUUGGAACAUCAUGGGUCAUGCGGGUUUCUCCGCUGCCCAGCCGAGAUCCUGAACUUGGUGUUUGGCAUGCUUUCAACAGCUGAACUCAGGGCACUAGGCCUCGUCAAUAAGGAUUUAUGCGCACUUGUUGAGCCAUACCUCUAUUCCAAAAUCGAUUGGAUCUGGCGAGAAAAUCACGCUCCUCCCCCAAUCACACUACUGCUACGAACAAUCAUCAGCAGACCUCAGCUAGCUGCUCACAUCACCAGUUUCCAAUUUCAGAGCCUUCCAGCCUACUGCUGGGAGUGGAAUAAGUUUGCAGGUCAAAAGAUUUCUGUUCCUGUUGCUGAACUAGACGGAUUCAUUACAUUCGUCCAGAGGACAGGGGCCCCAUACAGUGACCUUUGGAUUGAUGGAUUAAGCAACGGUACUCCGGAUGCUAUGCUUGCUCUACUCUUAGCACAACUGUGGAACCUGAGAAGUCUGUCACUUGACUAUAUCUUCUGCCAGCAGACUAAAAUGAUUGAGAUGCUUUUCCAGUCGGCCAUCUGCGAGCCUGCGAUGUAUAGAUUGCCAGACUUUAAGCAUCUCCAAACUGUGUCUUUCCAGUCCUAUGACGAUUCCGGCGCUCUGUGCACGGCGUUAAGGUCUCGAGGCCAGAGACUGCUGGGUCAAUCACUUGUCCUCCCAUUCUUCUACUUGCCAGACGUCCAACGCAUUUCGGCCGCAAUUCAGAACACAGAUAAUUUCGCAUGGCCUACAGCCUGCUUACCUGACCCAUCCAAGCUUACCUCGAUCUAUCUGGCCGACAUACGGGAAGCAAAUCUCGGCUCUCUGCUGUCCGUCACCCGCAACCUUCAAUCACGUCGUUGGACCUGGUAUUACGAUUAUGGUGUCCUCGAUGCUACUGUUGUGCCCAUUAUCAACCUAGAUGGGAUCGUGGCCGCAUUAUCCCGUGUUCGAAAUACUCUCGCAGAUUUGACCAUCUUUGCUGAGGCUCCCAUUGGGGGUGAUGAUCCAUGCUAUCCAGCCGUGAAGGUAGAGGGCUCGUUGCGUGAGAUGGUCGAGUUCGGCAAGCUCAAGAGACUACAAAUUCCGCUAGCAUUCCUGGUAGGGUUUGCGCAGGACACCACGAAACGGCUGCAGGAUGUCCUCCCACGGAACAUCGAAUACCUUUCCCUCACGGACGAGUUAGGGCUUCAGAAUGAGGAUGGAUAUGUUGAGGAAACCUGGCCGGUCUAUGAAUGGCAGGAUUUCGCCGUUUUGAUAUUAUUGCGGACGUGGCUGGAGGAUUGGAGAACCCACACACCCCACCUUCGAGGCGUUUCGUUGGUCUAUGAAGAACUAGAUACUAAUCAAGGCGAGUGGCCUCCCGAGUUAAGGCACCAGCUCACGGAGCUAGGCACUCAAGCUGGUAUACAGCUCGAGUUGGUUGAGUGGGUACGGCGUUGGUAAAUUACUAAGCGUGCCCAGUCAU